AUGCGAGGCAACGAUGGACGCGUCAAAGCGCUCAAAAAUGAUGACGGCGAAGAGUCUGCGGACGAAAGUUCAGACGCCAAGAAGCCAUACGCAUGCCAGUACUGUGGCAAGACAUAUGUUAGCGAACAGAAGCUCAAACGCCAUACAAGGGAUACCAGAUCCAAAUGUGCAAAGAGGCGCCUCGGGGGUAGCAUGAGUGACAGCGUCUUUGCCUGUCCACGGUGCGAUGCCCAGAUGUCCAAGAAGUACUCUAUAGAGCGGCACAUCAAAGACUCAUGCUGGAAGAUUUGCGACGAAUGUUGCAAGGGCCAUAAGUCGACAUGCGAUGCCUAUUAUACCGACGACGCCUGUAAACAUUGCCUGCAGCAGGGACUUGCAUGCACCAAGCACAAAGAACAAGUGUCCGACUGCAACCCAGAGUUGCUCACAGAUACACCCACGCAGCCGUACAAAUUAGCUCCUAGAUCUAGUCGCGCUGGCACAGUUGCCAAGGACGACAAAGGCAAGCGUAAGGCCACCGACUCACCAGGUGCGAGUCCAAAGUCCAAGCCGGUCGCCAAGCGUGCAACUGCUGUUGCCAAGAAAGAGUCGACUACAGCCACUGGACCAAGUCAGGAAGCUGGCCGUUUGUAUCCUCCGUUUGCGUCGCAGUCUGAACUUGGAAGGUCGCCCCAGUAUCAUAUGGAUAUCGAAGAGAACAUUGGCGGCUUGAGAUCCUCGACGCACCUACAAUCGCGCGAUCACGUUCCAACUACACUACACCCGCAGUCGACACUCAUGUCCCAGCACGUCCAGCGAGAUCAAGCCCGAGGACACCCAGUUCCGCAGCAGCAGGUUCCCAUACAACCCUUGAUACCCGGCCAACAAUACAAUGGUCGCGAUGUCAUGACUCCGCAGCAAGCUCUGGCUCGCUGGCCACACAUCCACAAUAGUUCUGGUCUUAUGACAUAUAUUGUGGGGCGGAAUGGAGAGGUCUUGAAUCAAUCUGCAAUAGAUGGUGAUGAGUUGCUCAAGAAGUUGAAUGCGCAACAGAGACGUAUCGCAGCCAUGGCAACUCGACACAACAACGGAGUGCGUGUGCCUAUACCGACUCGUCCAGCUCCACAGGCACCGGACGAACAUCGCACCCAGUUCAACCAUGUGCAUUCCCCUGAGUCUCGUUUGACGCGCUUCCGACCCAUCCAAUCCGCCAACUUCAAGGUGUAUGAGGAAGCUACUCGUCGUAACAUUCGGCCCAACGAGUUCCUUGCAAGCGCGCCUGGAUCUCGCAUGCCUUCUCGUCAGACGUCGGCCCAGCCAGCCGCCGACUUGAACUUGCCGACACAAGGGCAGCUUCAAGGAAUGAAUACGGCUGCACCGACUAAGAAGGGGCCGGUAGCUCGGGAGCUCACACAGCCAAUUGCUUUGCAACGCUCUGCUCUACCCGUAGGAGACGAGAAUGAUCCCGUAAUGACGCUUCGUAUUCAUAGCAAUACAUACGACAUCAAUGGCACUCCCAUCUUCUCCAUCCUCACGAUCCGCGCGUCGCAGAAGUUCGGCCCUCGUUUAGAGUACUAUUGUCAACAGCGAGGCAAACAGUACGGCAUAGACUGGGUCUUCAUAUACCAAUACGCGCUAGGUGGCCCGGAUGAUGACAUGGGAGCACGUUACAUCAAGAUCGACUACGAUAUGAUCUUCAGCGAUGUUCAUGAUCCCGAGCGUCCCGACAUCAAGCUCCGAGAUAUGGAUACCAUCAUGAUCAUGAAAGCCAAGUCCCGCCUCGCAGCCAUGAUCGAGAAUGGUCGCAACAGGAUCGAAGCUCCGCUAUCGCCAACUGGCUCGCAGGUUUCGGAAGACAAUAUCGACAUCGUUGACGGCGAGACCCCGAUCUUCCAGAACGCCGGCACCAUUGCGAACUGGAACCGCAUUGUUGAGAGUAAGAUGAUGGAGUUGCGCAGUCAAGUCAACACCUUGACAUCUGAGAACCAGCGCCAGAAGACGGAGUUGGCUAAGCAGAACCAGAUGCUCGGUGAUAUGAUCAAGCGCAACGAUGCGUCGUUGCGGAGCAAUCAUCCACAGGCUACUGGUCGUGGUGUUCAUGCCUUCCCCUUCGUUGGUCAUUCAGCUGCAAACGUCCAUCCCGGCAUCCAACGUGGCCCAACUGUCCAGCGCAACGCGUUCAUGGACCGUCUGGAAUCAGUUCGAGAACCCACUGUGCCAAACGAGUCGCGAAACCGCAUGCAGCAAUACCAGUUCCCAACUCAUCACCCUGGCAUGCAAGGUCGCCGGCCCACUUACGAUAGCGGCGAGCGUGAGGCGUUUCCGGACUUCCAGAGGAUUGGUGGGACUACAAAUCAGCCUACACAGUUCGCUACAUACGGAAUGGGUGACGAGAUGACGUCGUAUGUUCCUGUUCUGCAACAUGCACAGAGCGGGAGUGAUGACAUGGGCGCUCCGGUGAUGAAGGUUGAGGAUGUGGAAAUGGGGGAGUAG